AUGGUCCUCAAACUCAAACAGCCCAAUCGCUCCAACGCGGGCCCUGCAUCUACGGUUGAUACGUCUGCCAUUGUGCGCGGUGUCAUCAACGACAUCCGCGCGAAUGGCGACAGGGCUGUGAGAACAUACUCGGAGAAAUUCGAUAAAUGGAGCCCCGAAAGCUUCAAGCUGUCACCCGACGAAAUCCAGCAAAUCAUCUCGACAGUUCCUCAGCAGAUUAUCGACGAUAUCAAGCAAGUGCAGGAGAAUGUGCGCACAUUUGCUUUGGCGCAGAGGGCGUCGCUGAAGGACUUUGAGUUGGAGAUUCGGCCGGGAGUUCAUCUGGGACAGAAGAAUAUUCCUAUCAAUUCGGUUGGCGCUUACAUCCCCGGUGGUCGCUAUCCUCUGCUCGCCUCCAGCCACAUGACCAUUCUGACAGCCAAAUGCGCCGGCGUUCCUCACGUCACCGCAUGCACGCCCCCCAUCGCCGGCAAAAUCCCGGCCAACACCGUGGCCGCAAUGCACUUUGCCGGCGCCGACGCGAUCUACAUCCUGGGAGGCGUGCAAGCCGUCGCCGCAAUGGCCAUCGGCACGGAGACCAUGAAAAAGGUGGACUUCAUCGCUGGGCCGGGCAAUGCCUUCGUCGCCGAGGCGAAGCGCCAACUCUUCGGCGAGGAAAUUGGCAUUGAUCUCCCCGCCGGUCCAACAGAAGUCCUGAUCGUCGCCGACGAGCACGCCGACCCUUUCACCGCAGCCACCGAUCUCCUCUCCCAAGCCGAGCACGGUCCGGACUCCCCCGCCGUCCUGAUCACCAACUCUCGAAGCGUGGGCGAAAAGACCCUCGCCGAAGUGGACCGGUUACUCAAGAUCCUCCCCACAGCAGACAUCGCCAGCGUUUCCUGGGAUCGCCUGGGCGAAGUCAACGUCGUGGAGAACCUGGACGAAGCAUACAAGCUGGCGGACGAGUACGCGUCCGAACACGUGCAGAUCCUGACGCAGCAGCCACGCGAGGCAUUGGAGAAAAUGUCCAACUACGGCGCCCUGUUCCUGGGCGAGAAGACCUGCGUUUCGUACGGUGAUAAGUGCAUUGGUACGAACCAUGUGCUUCCUACUCGCGGCGCGGCUAGGUACACCGGUGGUUUGUGGGUGGGUAAGUAUUUGAAGACUGUUACCUACCAGGAGGUUACUUCAGCGCAGGAGAGUGGUGAGCUUGGUCGUCUUUGUGGACGGGCUGCGCGGGCAGAGAACUUUGAGGGCCAUGCUCGUUCUGGAGAUGUUCGUGCUCAUCAGUUCUUGGGGGAUAAGUUUGAGUGGAUUUAG